UGGUGAAAUUUUUUUUUCCCUUUCUGCUGAUCUCUUUGAACAUCAGAACCGAAAGGACGUUAAACCAGGACUUCAAAGAGGGAAAACCCAGGUUCCUUAAGAAGAAAUUAGACAUGGCACCACCUGUGAUUCGUCCAGAUAACGUGCUUAAGAGAGCUGAGGAACUCAUUGCUGUCGGCAAGUCCGAAUCUGCUCUUCAGAUCCUUCAUGAAUUCUUGACCUCAAAGAGAACUCGUUCUGUUGCACCAGCAGCACUUGAGCCAAUUGCGUUGCUCUUUGUGGAGCUUAGUGUUGACUUAAGAAAGGGUUUCACUUUGAAGGAUGGUUUGCAUCAAUUCAAGAAGAACGUUCAAAUGGCUGAAAACGGUCUUCCAGUUGUUGAAAACGUUGCUCGUAAGUUGAUUGAACUUGCUGAAAAGAAGCUGGAAACAGCCCAGGCCCAAGCAGAUGAAAGAGAUAACAUUGAGGAUGAUUUUGAAGCCGAGUCCCCAGAGGAUCUCUUGUUGUCAGUUGUCUCUGAUGAACAAUCUAAAGACCGUGCUGAUAGGGAGCUCGUCACCCCAUGGUUGCGUUUCCUUUGGGAGAGCUACCGUUUAGUGCUGGAGCUCUUGAGAAACAAUGCACGUCUUGAAGUUACUUAUUCUGCCAUCGUCCAAAGAGCUUACAAAUUUUGUUUGAAAUACAACAGAAAGUAUGAGUUCAAGAAGCUGUCAGAACUUCUCCGUACGCAUAUCCAAACAGCCUCCCAAAAGGGUGGCUACAAGCAGCUUAACGCUGUUGAUUUGCAAGAUCCAGAGACUGUCCAACGUUACUUGGAUCUUCGUUUCAAUCAGUUGAAUGUUUCUGUCAGCUUGGAGUUGUGGCAAGAGGCUUACAGAUCCAUCGAGGACAUUCACAAUUUGAUCAACACUUCUAGACGUCCAGUUAAACCACUUAUGAUGGUUUCUUACUAUGAGAACUUGGCCAAGAUCUUCCUCGUUUCUGACAAUGCACUUUUGCACGCUGCUGCUUGGAACAAGUACUUCAACUUGUACUCCCAAUCACCAAUGGCUACUGAUGAGGAGUUGUCUCGUUAUGCCUCUGUGUUCUUGUUGUCUUCUCUAUCCAUUCCUCAAGACUCUUACAACCCAGACUUCAACGAAGGGUAUGCAACUUCCUCCAACAAGCGUUUGGCCAACUUGUUGAACUUGCAGAAGUUGCCAACCAGAAAGUCUUUGAUCGAUGCUGCAUUGAACAAGACCAUCUAUGAUUAUGUUGAUCCAACUGUCAAGAAGUUGUACCAACUCUUGGAAGCUGACUUCCAUCCGUUAUCCAUCCGUGAUGAGCUGAAGUCCAUCACUCUCGCAAUCGAGUCCAACCCUGUUUUCGCCCCAUACGUUAAACCAUUGACCAAGGUUAUCUUGACUCGUUUGUUUGAACAAGUUUCACAAGUUUACGAAUCUGUUAAAUUGGACUUCCUGCUCCAACUGGCCACAUUCGAAGGCAGUUUCAAGCUCUCUGGAUUGGAGAUUGAGAGCUUCUUGCUCAACGCUGGUAGAAACGGUCAACUCUCUUUCUACAUUGACCAUGACUCAGCUGUCAUUACUUUCCGUUCUGAUCCAUUCCAGGAAAUUGCUGAGCAACGUUCUGCAUUGCAAACCUCCCCAGCCGAUUUGGUUCAAAACCAAUUGUCCAACUUGGCAAAGACCUUGUACGCUUCUGUCAAAUAUACCGAUGCCACUUAUGCUGAGAAGCAGAGAACUCUUCGUGGACGUUUGGUUGCAUCUGCCACGGCUGCAUUGCUCAAAGAACGUGAGGAGAUUGAGAGAGCUCGUCAACUCUUGGAACAACGUAAGCAACAAGCUGAACAAGAGAGAAUUGAACGUGAACAGGAGGCUGCCAGAGCCAGAGCACAAAAGCUUGAGGACGAUAAGAUUGCUGAGGCUAAGCGUGUUGAAACUGAAGCCAAGCGUCGUCUCGAGGAAAAGAUCCAACGUGAAAAGGAUGCCAUUGAGAGAGACAACAAGGUUAAGCUUCUCGAGAAGAUCAAAUCACAAGGUGCUAUCAAGUUGGAUAUUGAGGAUAUCGACACUGUGACCAUGGAUGAGCUUCGUGAUAUGCAAGUCAAACAACUUGCAAAGGAUAAAAACGACUUGCAGAGUUAUGUCAAGUCCUUAUUCAAGAAGCUCGACCACACUGAAAGAGCUUACAGAAAGGCUGAACUUGGCAGUCUAUGAAGAGUUCAAGACCAAGAAGAUUGCUGUUGCCAAAAAGGAACACGACGAGGCUCUUCAGAUCCGUGAUAGAUUACAAAAACUUGUUCCAGACUAUGAGGAAUACACACAA